AUGUUUAUAAUUAAUCUCCCCUUUAAAUUGAAAUCAACGCUUUGGAAUAUAUUUAGGCUUUCUGACUGUAGAUAUUUUUAUUUAAACUAUAUUAAUUGAAAUAUAAAUAAAUUUUAUGAGUUUCUGAAAACCUCGAUUGCUCAUAAAAACCCACUUUUUUUGUUCAUGUUCAGAUAUAAUAUCUAUUCUUGUGAAGUUCAUAUCAGUCAACACCUCAAAUCUAAGUCUCAAAAUGUGCAUAUUCCAGAAACUCUAUAUUUUACACCCCAUGAAGAGACCAAUAAGGCCCUAUAUCUCAUAAGAAUAAAUGCAAGUCUAAGCAGUCUUCAAUCACAAAUAAUUGAUGAGUUUUACAAAAAAUAA